AUGUUUGCUUUUCGUGAAAAAAUACCAAUUGAAGUGGAGGGUUUCUUCAACCAAGAAGGAGCUGAGUCAACUAUUCAAUCAAAUGAUAUUGACCAUGUUUCCCAUCUCUUCUCGAGAAAGAAGUGGGCUAUUUCUUUGCAAAAUUGUGCUCAAUUUCAUAUGUGGCAAUUCCGCCAAGAUCUCUUCCUUAGUUGGGGUAAUAAUCCGCACGAAUCGGAUUUUUUGAGGAACAUACCGAGAGAGGAUUUUAUUUGGUUAGACAAUGUGUGGUUGGUAAACAAAGAUCGGUUUUUUAGCAAGGCACGGAAUACAUCGUAA